AUGAUUUGGCGUUCAUGCAUACUAAUUGACAUUUUAGUUAUUCUUCCACUCCCACAGGUAGUAAUUCUCCUUUUCUUUUCUAAAGGUAGGGGAUCUUUGAACACAAAGGAGCUUAUGAACUCCCUUGCUCUGUUGCAAUACGUGCCACGGGUGCUUCGAAUUUACUUCUCAUGCAAGGAAUUUAAAGAGAGUCCAUAUGCAAAUAUUAAAGUAUGGAUUAAAGGUGUACUCAAUUUCUUUAUGUACAUCCUUGCUAGUCAUACAUACAUGCAGUCAGACGCUGACGCUGCAAGAGUAGCGGCACGCAAGAUUAAAUUUGAAAAAAAGUUGGACAAUAAAGGAACCGAGAUAGGAAAAUGGUUAUCCAAUGUCCUCAUCCCUGACAGUGAGAAGGAUAAUUUAAAGUUGGAGAUCAUGAAAAAGGUCAAGGAAGAACUUGAGCAAGACAAGUAUGCCGACGUGGAGAAGAUCCUUUCCAUUCUUCCAUUGGAACUUCGAACAUAUAUCAAUUAUAGUAUGGUGUGGAAAAAGCUCAAGGCAGCGCCAAAGCUUCAGUCUAUGGAUGAAGAAGUGUUAAAAGCAAUGUCCAAGCAUUUGACACUUAAGAAAUAUGUUGAAGGUAGCAGUAGCAGCAAUGAAGUUUCUAGUAGGUUGCUUGAAACAGGGCAUUUCUAUGGAGAAGAACUUCUGGAUCGGGUAAAGGUUUCUUUGUUUCCUUCCUUGUUACCCCUUUCGACCAGUGCCGCCGUUCUGGCCGUCAAUGAUGUGGAAGCCCGCCUUCUCAUGGCCAGCGACUUGUGUGCGGUAGCCGCUUUUUACUGUGAGCAUUUCAGUGAGAGCACUUUCAGCCCCCCACCAGUUGAUGUUCGGUUCAACAGCCUAGGUCUUGCUAAUGUGCCAUAUGAAUCUACACUACAUAUUCAAGGGUAG